CAACAACCGCCCGGAAACCGAAGUGACCACCAAAGGAGGAGGAGAACGACAACUCAGGUCCCGUGGGUCUCGAUUCAGACUUCCAACCGUCCAACAACCAGCCUUUGUCGAUCUGAUACACCAAUCUACUUGUCGACGACAGGAUGCUCAAUUCAUCAGUCUGAGCCCAGAUUCGCAAUUGCAUAGCGUUGGCCGACGGUUUCAGGCCCAGAUGAUCAUAUUCCCGCGUCGCAAUUGUGCUGUUGCUUCGCACGCGACUGUCCGGGACUGACGCCAUUCGCAGGCAGGGGCUUCAUAUUCCAAGGGAAGCGCCCAUUACCAACGAGUAGAGUUCUUGCUCGGAAGAAGGGAAACCAUUAUCAACUUCAACUUUCUUCUGUUUGGGGGAGUGGUCCGACCUCCUGAGGUUCUUUCUGGAGGACGCCAGGCACCAUCCUUCUCCUUCUUCGCCGAGGUCACAGUCCGCCCUCCUCUUCCGGUUCCGGUUCCGGUCCCGGCCCGGAUUUCGACCUCGACGGCAUUUCCAGACCGACACAUCUACAACCGCUCUGUGAAGAGCCACACCUACCAACAUGGUCGACAUAAAUCCCGCGGCCCUCAGUCGGCCAUCCGUCAACAUCUCGACUCCUAUUCUUGCUACAAAAUCCAUCAAUGUUUCCGUUCCUCCAUUACAAAAGCCAAAGACCAGCCAACUCAUCCCGGCCCGCAUCGACCUCGAACCUAUAUAUACUGCUCUCAGGGCAAACAUUGGUCUAGAACAAUGGACGGUUUACAAGGAAGCCGUUGGCAACUUUCUGCUUGGUCGCCUCAACCAAGCCGAGCUCAGUGCGCGCAUCGACCCAAUAUUGGCCUCUCCCGAUGGUACCAAAGAGCACCUUCAUAACCAGCUCAUCGCUGCUAUAUACGGAAAUGUCACUCGAGAAAUGCCUGACCAGGGCCUUGCGCCUUGGGUCAGCGCAAACGAUAAACCCUCAACCAACACGUCGAACAAGCCCGUGUCGGGUGAUGCCGCCGAAAGACGGUUGAAGGGAGAGGUCAUGCAACUUCCCAGCAGGGACAGAAGACGUAUCAAAGAUCUCGCCCUCAACGACUUCGACCCCUACGAGUCCCUGUCUAGCGUGUUCGUUGACCACUCCAGAAACAAGUCCAUCAAGACUGCCGAGGUACCAGCAAGUGCCGCAGGAGGUCUCAGCCGGAUGAACUAUGAUCUGGAAAUCAGGAAACGAUAUGCACAGCCGCUCGCAGUAGAGUCCGGAGAGUUCCCCGAUGUCAGCAACAUCGAGGCCAAAAUGCUUCCCAUAUGCUACGAGGCUGGCCUCUCGGGCGGACACGCGCCAGAAGCCGCCCAGUUCAUGUCGAUAGCCACGGAAACGUUCAUCAAGCAGGUCAUGUCCUCCAUAUUCAGCCGAACGAGGAGUAACGGCCCCGGAGACUCUGGUAACGCCGGUUUCGGAGCGGGUAACGCUUGGAUUCAAACACACAAGUACCGACGCAAGUUGCAGAAGGAAGAAGAGGCCUUUCAGAGGGGCGAGGUAACACGCGAUAAGAGCGGCCUAUUGCCCGUGGAAGCUAAAGCCGCCAGCGAGCGUGGGCCUCUGGGCAUGGCGGAUUUCCGCAUAGCGCUGGAGAUGGGUGACUGCGGACUAGCUAACUUUCCCAUUGUCGCCAAGUCGGUCAUCUACGACUACCGGGAAGGGGAGCUUGAAAACUGGGACGAUCACACGUACAUUGACGGGCGGGAAGUACGACCGACUACCGACGGAGAUGUGGAGAUGGGUGGAAUGGCGGCCAACGGCAAAGCAGAUGGGCCAUUACCCAAUGGCGUCAAUCACGAGGACGCUAUGGAAGUUGACAACGAUGAUGAUGAUAUGCCUUGGGAAGGCGCAAGCUCGGAGGAUGGGGACUUUCUCAACAGCGUUUUGGAUACAUGCCUUACCGUGGGCUAAUACUUGGUUGGGGCACGGUGGAACAUUUUCAACAUGGGGGUUUUUCAUUUUACACAAAGGGCGACUGGCGUUACGUAAGAUGACUGGGCAGCCUUUUUACCUGCAUUCAACAUACUCUGCGGCGGCGUUUUUCCCUUUGAAAAAGCACAGGUAGGUUACUGCCUGAGUUUCUGACCUAUGGGCAUGUCACUUGUUACUAUAUGGUUCUUUGAGGAGUUGGAAAGAUGGUGAAGAGCACUGGAUGCCGGAUCCCUUUGCAGGAGAAAGAGACAGAGCGUUUAUCCCUUUGGUUGUAUCUUUUUUUCUUUUCUUUUUAUUCUCUACCGACGAUACCCGGAAUCAUCUUUGUCUUCUUGGCGCGUCUCUCUCGAUGAAUUGCAAGGGGUUCGAGCAAAGUGGUAUUGGAAACGGUAUGGCAUAGGCUGCCACUACAAAAGUGCAGCGGGAAGUACCUACGGUUAUGGAGAGUGUGUUUGGCCUUGUAUCUGGCUACACUAGACUAACAGCUAGAUGGUUCUCGGAAUUUCAGAAGAACCUGUCAAUGUGUCAUGGAGGCUUUGAAUCUGGUGUAAAGAACAAUGUUGAGAUGUACAUUAUGCAUUCAGGGGUAAUUGGGAACAAGAGGCGCCAAAUGUUUACUUUGGUCCAGGCUUGGC